UCACGUGAUUUCUGGGAAGCGGAUCUGUGUUUCUGAGCUGGGCAGCGGCAGCCGGACAGCAGAGGAUCUAAACACCGCCUGAUAUAAACCCGCUUAUUUUGACUAUCAGAGAGAAGCACGACCACAGAAAACAGCGGGAAAAACAGAGGAAGCGUCGAGCAUUUACAACCACCCGUGGAUUAUACGGAGGAGAUGGCGGCAGGUAAAAUCCGCUCCACUCGUAAGCUUCGUUCAUGGCUGAUUGAACAGGUGAACAGUGGUAAAUAUAAUGGCCUCGUGUGGGAUAAUCCAGAAAAGACCAUGUUCCGCAUUCCUUGGAAACACGCUGGAAAGCAGGAUUUCCGCACUGACGAGGACGGCGCCAUCUUUAAGGCGUGGGCGGAGUUUAAAGGGAAGCUCGGUGAGUCUGACCCUGCUUCGUGGAAGACGCGUCUGCGCUGCGCUUUAAACAAGAGCCCGGAGUUCAGAGAGGUCACAGAAAGGUCACAGCUGGACAUAUCUGAGCCUUAUAAAGUCUAUAUGCUCGUCCCACUGUCAGAACAAGGCGUGGCUGAGGUGAAGAAGGAACAUGCUGAGAAAACUGUAAGGAGAAGCAAAAGAAGACGAAGUGAAACAGAGAAGAGUGAAGAAACUCCAGUAAAAAUAUUCAAGGAGGAGGAAACUGCUGCACAGCAGAUUAGUGUGGAUAUGGCCAGCAGCAGAGAAAAUAACAUCACUCUUCAUUUAGAGGAAGUGACAGAACCUGCAGUCAUUUUGAAGCGUGACAACCUGUUUAAUGAGAUCCAGUUGGAUGUAAUGAUUGAAACGGCCCCUCAUUUUGGAGAUAAUAAAGUUUCUCCCUCCUUUAAGGUGACAGUGUAUUACGUUGGGAAGGAGGUGUUGCAGCGGGAUGUUCUGGGUGAUGAUGUCAGAAUUGCGUAUGUCCCGCCCUCCCCUUCACCCCCGUCGCUGAACGGCUGUACGUUCCCUCGCAUCCCGCUGCCCCCGCCGCCCGAACACUGCGACUCUGCUGGCAGCCAGGCCAUCUCUACACUGUUGCCGUACAUGGAGAAGGGCGUGGUGCUGACCUGCAGUGGGCGGGGCAUUUACGCCAAGCGUUUCUGCCAGGGCCGAGUGUUCUGGAGGGGGCCACAGAUGGCCGGGUCAAAUAAACUGGACAGAGCCCCCGUGCCUACACUGAUUUUCAGCAAGGAGCGCUUUAAGCAGGAGUUGGAGGAUUUCCGUGCUGGAGGGAAUCUGCCUCAGAGUGAGAUCACACUGUGUUACGGAGAGGAGCUUGCUGAUGGAGAUGACCUGUCUAAGAAAUGCAUUAUCAUUAAGAUUGCUUUUCCAUGGGCCACUAAGCAGAUCCAGGACGUCCAGUCUCUCCAGAAUUCACUGAGCGUCCUCCAGAGCUUGGCCCAGCAGAAUCCAUCAAAAGAGAUCACACUCAACCUUGUGUCAUUACCAGUGUAACCAGUGAUUAUCUAAUAGUGUUAGUUCUAAUAAUCGUAGUCAUAGUGUUUUUGUUAAGGUACGUGUAUCAAAAAGAUCUCCUGAGCAUGCACUACAGUAGCAUUUUAUCACCGUUCACAUUUUAUUCAAGACUAUCCUCCAGUAUUACAUGCAUAUUGCAAUGUAUAUGACACUUUAUGUGCAUCUGAAAGCCUAAGCUGCAGCCAAGGUAGCAUACAUUUUUUGGCUGCUACGUCAAAGUGAAGUACGCUUCAUGUACAGCUAAUAAAUGCAGCUGACAUUUCGAGCACUUUCGAGGGCGCAGCUGAGGUAUCCUUCCUGGCACUUAAUAACCCGGGACACACAAUUCUCUGCAACAUGUAAAAUGUGCAGAUGAAAGAUUAAAAGCACCAAGAACUGGGUCAGAAAGAUGGAUAUUGAAGCUUUCAGAGCAGAGUUUGUUUUAAAAUGUUGUUUUUAUAAAUAUUUUAUUUAUAUGAAGAAAUUAAAAAACACACAAUGUUAAGUUCGAGCAUGACAUCAAUGUGCAGCCUUGUUAGACUUUUCCAGAUGUGUGAGCAAAAAGCUACUAAGAAGUAAAACAGUCCUAAAGGGGACUCGUUCUACAUCGACUGCAGCCUGGGUGUUGGAACAAAUCUGUAUAUCUGAGAAUUAUCAUUUCAUUAGUACACUUUGAGGGAAAGUUUCCCAGUCAAGGAUUAAGCCUAGUCCUACAUUAAAUCUUCCUUUGUGCUAAGAAAGUCUGUUGCAGAAUGCUUGCUCUUUUUUGUUUCAAGACUAGGCUUAAUACCAGUCUGGGAAAGUGUGCCCAAGUCUUGUGCUGUAAUUAUGAUUAUAAAACACUAAUAAAGAAAAUAACUACA